AUGUUUCAGUGCGUUCCCGCUAGGGUCUCGUGGUCGGUCUCUGGUGUUCACGCUCGACGACAACUAGCCUCAAAUUUUCUAGGAAGGCGCAAUUAUUUUAAAAUCAUAGGCACCAUGAAGAACUUAAGUCUCAUGCGCGGUGCACUGGCUCAGAGCGCUGGUGACGGCACCGCUGCAGAGCGAGCACCGGGAGCGACGCCUGCACCAGCGCCCGCUGCAGUGAACUCGUCGCACGUACAGUCGCUAGCUGCGAGAGGUGUGUUCUGCGAGGCCGAGCGCUUAGGAGAUUCACUCAGAGACGCGCCUGAAGCGGAAAUGGAGACCGAGAACGGGAGCGUAGGCGCCUCGGGCUUUGCGACCACUGAUAAAGACGUCGGCUGGUGUUUUGGUGAGCAGUCCGUUCUGAAUGCAAUUGCAGCUCUGCAGCGUGGAGAAUUCGUUGUCGUUACUGAUGAUGAAGAUCGGGAGAACGAAGGUGAUCUUAUCCUCGCUGCAGAGAAGGCGACACCUCAAGCGAUCGCGUUCAUGGUUCGCCACACAUCCGGAGUGAUCUGUGUGUCCAUGGAGGAGGAGCGUCUGAACGAAUUGCGCCUUUUUCAGAUGGUGCCCGAUAACGAAGAUCCGAAACGGACGUCUUUCACGGUUAGCGUCGAUUUAAAGCACGGCGUCACGACCGGCAUCUCUGCCGCUGAUCGGAGUGCGACGAUUCGGGCGCUGGCGAACCCCAGGUCCACAGCUGAUGAUUUUCGCCGACCUGGUCAUAUCUUUCCGCUGCGCUAUGCCAAGGGUGGUGUGCUCAAACGUGCAGGUCACACAGAGGCGAGUCUCGAUCUAUGCCGGCUUGCAGGGCUGGCACCGGUCGGCGUCCUUUGCGAGAUCGUCAACGACAGCGACGGGAGUAUGGCACGUAUGCCUGAUUUGGAAGUGUUCUCGAAGCAGCACGGACUGGUCUUGACGAGUAUUGCGGAUCUCGUUUGUUUUCGACGACGUCGGGAGAAGCUCGUUCGCCGGAUUGAGCCCCAGGGUGCAAGAAUGCCCACCAAAUACGGCGAUUUCACGGUCUACGCGUACGUUAGCGAGCUCGAUGGUUGCGAGCACCUUGCGUUGGUCCGCGGGGACCCGCAGCAAUUCAGUAACCGUCCCGUACUGGUUCGUGUGCACAGUGAAUGUUGUACAGGUGAUGUUUUCGGCUCGCUGCGCUGUGACUGCGGACUGCAACUGCAGUUUGCGAUGGAGAAAAUUGCGGCCGAGAACCAGGGCGUCUUGGUGUAUUUACGCGGCCAAGAGGGUCGAGGGAUUGGGCUUUCGCACAAAAUCCGUGCGUACACCUUACAAGAUGCAGGGCGCGAUACCGUUGAGGCGAACGAGGAUCUCGGUCUACCUGUCGAUAGCCGGGAAUAUGGCAUUGGUGCGCAGAUUCUCGUGGACCUCGGUGUGCAGCAAAUGCGACUCAUGACCAACAAUCCUCGCAAGUACACCGGUCUCAGUGGGUACGGAUUAUCCAUUAUGGAGCGCGUGCCUGUAAAGGUUACGCCAAACAAGUGGAAUAUCCGCUACUUGCGCACGAAAAAGGCCAAACUGGGCCAUUUGAUCGAGAUUGAAGAUGAGUUUGAUCGGGAGAAAGAGGUGCAAGUGGAGAUUCGCGACCUCAAUUGA